UAAAAUAUAACUCAGCCUUUAUUUUGUGUUUAAAAACAAUUUAGUGCCUCACAUGUGUCAGGCAGUGGAGGACUGAUGAGAGCUCUCCUUCAUGUUUAAAAAAUAAUAAAUUUAUUUCCUACAGGUGAAGUUAUAAAUCCUUCCUAAAAAGGAAUUAAAAAAGAAAUAGUGUCUCCUACCCUCCACUCCAGGUUUUAAAUGUGACAUUUUCAAAUAGAAUUUUUUUUUCUUUUCCAUAGAGCCUGCUGAUUAUGAAAACGGAUGUGACUUUCAGAUUCAUCCUGAGUGAAGCAUGAGUCCAAAUGUUCCUCUGCUGAAUGAUUACAAACAAGACUUUCUUCUGAAGCGCUUCCCACAGACUGUUCUGGGAGGCCCUCGUCUCAAAUUAGGCUAUUGUGCCCCUCCUUAUAUAUACGUUAAUCAAAUUAUCCUCUUCCUGAUGCCAUGGAUUUUAGGUGGACUAGGAACACUUUUGUAUCAACUAGAUGUUCUAAAAGACUACUCUGCAGCAGCUCUUUCAGGUGGAUUAAUGCUUUUCACUGCAUUUGUUAUCCAGUUAGCAAGUUUAUAUGCCAAAACAAAAUCAGCAACAGUAGAACGAAUACUAACCACAGAUAUUUUAGCAGAGGAAGAUGAUCAUGAAUUUACCAGCUGUACUGGGGCAGAGACUGUCAAAUUUCUGAUUCCUGGCAAGAAAAAUGUAGCCAAUACAGUGUUCCAUUCUGUUCUUGCUGGGUUGAUGUGUGGUCUUGGAACAUGGUAUUUGCUCCCAAAUAGAAUAACCUUGCUAUACGGCAGUACUGGAGGCACUGCUCUACUCUUUGUCUUUGGAUGGAUGACACUAUGUAUAGGAGAAUAUUCAUUAAUUGUAAACACAGCUACAGAGACUGCGACUUUCCAAACCCAGGACACUUAUGAAAUCAUUCCUCUCAUGAGACCGCUUUAUAUUUUUUUCUUUGUUUCUGUGGAUCUUAUACACAGAUUUGUUGUAAAUAUUCCAGCUCUAGAACAAAUGAAUCAGAUUUUACACAUCUUGUUUAUAUUUUUACCCUUUCUGUGGGCACUCGGGAUUCUGCCCCCACCUGAUGCACUUUUCUUAUGGGCAGUGGAACAGGUUUUACAGUUUGGCCUUGGAGGCUCACCUAUGUCAACCCGCCUGAGGUUACUGGUAAUGUUUACCAUUUCUGCUGGAACAGCUGUAACAUCAUAUUUCAUUCCCAGCACUGUUGGUGUGGUGCUUUUCAUGACUGGACUUGGAUUCUUACUGAGCCUUAACCUGAGUGACAUGAGUAUUGUCUUCAAACACAGUGUGACCAGACAUGGAGUAGAAACCAAAUCUCAGCCUUUUCCUGGGUAUUCAGAAAAACAGUUUACAUGGAAGCAGUGCAUCAUGUACAUCAUUAUUUUAGUCCUGGCGCUCUUAGAAACAAGUUUGCUUCAUCAUUUUGCUGGUUUCUCACAGAUUUCCAAAAACAGCAUCCAAGCUACUAUUGGCUAUAUUUUGGUGAUAAUACUUAUAAUAUUGUGGAUAUUUAGGGAAAUUCAGAGUGUCUAUAUCCUUGGAAUUUUCCGAAAUCCUUUCUAUCCAAAAGAUGUGCAUACAACUGUGACUGUAUUCUUAGAGAAGCAAACAAAUCUCUUGAAGAUUGGUAUUAUCAGACGGAUUUUGCUAACCCUAGUAUCACCUUUUGCUAUGAUAGCAUUUCUUUCAUUGGAUAGUUCCUUACAAGGACUACACUCUGUGUCUAUUUCCAUUGGAUUUACAAGAGCUUUUAGAAUGGUCUGGCAGAACACAGAACAUGCUUUAUUGGAGACCGUACUUGUAUCGGCAGUGCACUUGUUCUCUAGUGCAGACUCAUGGUGGAACAGAAGCCUGAAUACAGGAAUCAGACUUUUGUUGGUUGGUGUCUUUCGUGAUCGCUUGAUUCAGUUUAUCUCCAAAUUGCAGUUUGCAGUGACCAUACUUGUGGCAUCAUUGACAGAAAAAAAACAUCGAAAAUCAGCUACCACUUUGUGUAUACUCAACACUAUCUUCUCUCCCUUCGUAUUGGUCAUCAUAAUUUUUUCUGCAUUACUCUCUUCUCCCUUACUCCCCCUCUUCACGCUGCCUGUGUUCUUGAUGGGGUUUCCCCGACCCACUCAGAGUUGGCCAGGAGCAGCAGGCACUGCCGCAUGUGUGUGUUCAGAUACUGUGUACUACUGCCAGAUGGUCCCCAGGCUGGCUGCUGCACUGCAAACUGCCAUGGCAGCUGGGAGUUUAGGUAUCCUCUUACCUGGAUCUCAUUACAUGGGCCGUUUUCAGGAUCGUCUGAUAUGGAUAAUGAUUCUUGAACAUGGCUAUACUUAUUGCUGUAUUAACAUUAAGGGGUUAGAAUUGCAAGAAACAACCUGUCAUACUAUAGAAGCCCGAAGAGUUGAUGAAGUAUUUGAAGGCGCUUUUGAGCAAGGAGAGUACACAAAAGUAUGCUCCUUUAAUGAACACUUUGGAAAUAUCUUGACACCCUGUACUAUUUUGCCUGUGAAAGUAUAUUCUGAUGCCAAGAAUAUCCUAUCUGGAAUCAUUGAUUCUCAUGACAACUUAAAAGAAUUUAAGAAUGACCUUCUCAAAGUGCUUGUGUGGAUACUUAUUCAGUACUGCUCCAAAAGACCCAGCAUGCAGGAGAAUAUUCCUAAAACUGAAGGUAAAAGAGAAACACCUCUCAUAAUCUUGCCUGCUUUGAACAGUGCACCUCAUCCCAAAUCCCUGGAAGACACAGAUAGUUCAAGUUCUGAAGUUUUCAAUGACUGGUCUGAUGAUGGUAAUAUUUUUGAUGAUGAGCCAACCAUCACAAAAGGAAAACAAGAAAAAGAUCAAUUCAAAGUGGUACCAGAUACAAAGUUGCCUAUUCCGGGAUCAGUGGACUCACAGAGAGUUGGUGAUCAUUCCUCAGACACAGUUCCAGAAAAUGAUCUUUUCAAAAUAAUUAUGUUAGGAUACCCUGCUGUAGACAAAGGAAAACAAGGGGACACAGCAUAUAUCCCUCUUAUGGAGUUCUCUUGUUCCCAUUCUCACUUAUUGAGCUUACCUCAAGAAUGGAUGUCUAGUUGUAUGCCCAAUUCUAAAGUGAAAGAGAUGAGCUCAUUAUUUCCAGGAGACUGGUACCAAUUUGUUUUAAAGCAAUUGGAGUGUUUCCACUCAAAAGAAAAUGCCUCAAGUUUACUAGAAGAAAUUGCAAAGGAUAAAGUUUUAAAAGACUUGUAUAUUCAUACAGUAAUGACUUGUUAUAUUAGUUUAUUUGGAAUAGACAAUAUGGCGCCUACUCCUGGUCAUAUAUUAAGAGUUUACAAUGGUGUUUUGCCCUGGUCUAGUGCCUUGGAUUGGCUCACAGAAAAACCAGAAUUGUUCCAACUAGCUCUGAAAGCAUUCAGGUAUACUCUGAAACUAAUGGUUGACAAAGCAAGUUUAGGUCCCAUAGAAAACUUUGAAGAGCUGGCCAACUGCCUUGAAGAAUAUGACAGUGACUGGUACAUUGGUUUAGUAUCUGAUGAAAAAUGGAAGGAAGCAGUUUUACAAGAAAAGCCAUGCUUGUUUUCUCUGGGGUAUGAUCCUAAUAUGAGAGGUUAUACUAGCAGAGUGCUUACCCUUCAAGAAUUAUUGGUCCAAGUUGGGAAGUUAAAUUCUGAAGCUGUUAGAGGUCAGUGGGCCAAUCUCUCUUGGGAAUUGCUUUAUGCCACCAACGACGACGAGGAGCGCUACAGCAUCCAGGCUCAUCAACUACUUCUAAGAAACCUCACUGUGCAAGCAGCUGACCCUCCCCUAGGAUAUCCAGUUUUUUCAUCAAAACCUCUCCCUAUCUAUUUGUAUUAGAGCACCCCUUUUCACUUGUAACAUCAUCAGAGGAGGUGACAUAUGCAAAGCAGCAAUGUCCUUCUUGUCAGCUCAUUAACAUCUUUGUUGCCCCAAGGAUGCCUGACAAAGUGAAGCUCAUUAAAAUUGGUUCCUAUAACCAUCUUAAUGGUUUAAAAAAAACAGUAAGGACAAUCUUAUGUCUAACAUAAAAGCUAAAAUUAAUUGACCAACAUUUCUGCUCUGUAGAUUAUCUUAGGCUUUGACAGUUAAAAUUUUGUUUAAAAUUAGUUACUAAAUUUUCUAUUGUUUUAAAAGUCAGCAGCUAUGUAAUUACAUAAAAAGCAUGCUUAUCAGUGUUUUUAAUAAUGGAUCCUUUUGAGGCUUAACAUCAAUGUAUACAUGUAUUUAUUUGAGGCGAGCACUUUACC